UUCAAGUGAGAUGAGUGCCAAAGCUGUGAAGAAACAGAAGACCAGUACCGGCAAGGCCAAGCCAGUAGCCGUAGUACACAACGAGAGCAACGAAGAGUCUAUAUCUGAAAGCAGCCAGUCUGCCUCUGAAGACGACGAGUCUGUGUCUGAAACCCAUGAUCUGAGCGCCGCAGACGAUAGCGACAUAGACGAUGAACAUGAAAUAGACGCCGCCAGCGACAGCAACGAUGACAGCGAUGAAGACAGCGACGAUGACAUUCCCAAAUUGAAGAAGAAAAAGAACACAGACGACGGCAGUGCAUCGUUUGCCAAUGCCUUCACCAAUAUCAUCGGAUCCAAGUUAAAGGCCCACAGCAGAGCAGCUCCCAUCAUGACAAGAAAUAAGGUGGUGUUGAAGAAGCUUGAAACCGACAAGCUUGAGCACAAAGCCAAAAGAGCCUUGUUAUCGGAGAAAAAACAGGCAUUCGAUAAGCACCGGGUGAAGAACUUACUUCCAACUGGAGAAGAAGAAAACAUCAGACAAAUUCUCGAGUCGGAAAAGAAGUUGAAGAAGGUGGCCCAAAAGGGGGUGGUGAGACUCUUUAAUGCCAUCAUGUCCACGCAAGUGAGAACGAACGAAGCCAUCAGUAAGGAGAAGGUUGGUCAGGUGAAGAAGGAGGAAUUGUUCAAUGAGAUGAGCAAGGAGAAGUUUCUCGACUUGGUGCAAUCAACUGCCCACGACGAGUAGGUCCAUAGACUGUCCACCACGAGUAGUCUAUAGAUCGUCCAUGACGAGUAGUCCAUAGACCGCCCCCAGUACAUGUAGCAUAUAAUAUAAAAUCGGUUAUU